CUUCUCUGAAGCAGUCCUUUGCAUUUCUGGAAAUAAAUGGAACAAACCUACUGUUCACUUCUGUUUUCACAGGGGGUUACUUCAUUUUGAACAAAAACACCGUUUCGUUUCUGCAUGGAUUGUUGCGUGGACUUCACAGCCUUGAUAUCUCGCAACUUCUGAAACUGCACCGUGGAAAACUCAUUCUGUGCCAGCUUCCACUGCCUGACCAUGGGAUGGCUGAAGAAACAUUUGGCUGUGCUCUGGCACCAUCUCCCUCUGCCCUGCCUGGAGUAAGAGGGUGCAAGCUGGGACCACUUGCUCCAUGCUGUAAUGGCAUCCCAGCCUCGAUGUUUCUGCAAUCUGAGGCCUCCUGGAAAGGGAUAACUCUCUGACGGGAAGGUGCUGUUCACUCUGGUUUUAUUGUACCUGCAGACAUGAUGGAUUAUAUCUGAUUUAACUGCAGCCCAUUUAGAAGACUCAACCUUUUUUCAAGCCCAUCUUCUUUGUCUCUAAACUCCUUUUGGAGAGUGGGAAGACAUCAUCUUGCCUUUGCUAAACUUGCUGGCUCAGGCUUUCUUCUGCUGAGUGGUAUUUAAAUAUUGCAAUGCACUUCAUAAGUCACCCCACCUCUUAGACCGACAAAAUAAGGAGCAGAAACGGCAGCGGAGGGAUUUCGUGCUGGCCGCUGGAUCUGCUGCGGGAUGAGAAAGUAGGGACUCGCUACUGAGUUACAGCCAGUGGGGAAGCUGAGGCAGUGAUGACCAUUGACAGAGACUGUUGUGCUCCAAGCUGAAACCUCCAUCCUUGAAGAUCCCAGCCUUGGGUUUAUUUUGUGCUGAGUCUCUGCCAUAAUCCUGGCCAGCUCACUCCAUGAUGGCUUUGUGUCUCAAACAAGUUUUCAACAAAGACAAAACAUUUCGUCCCCGGAAAAAAUUUGAACCCGGCACUCAACGUUUCGAACUGUACAAGAAAGCUCAGGCGUCCCUGAAGUCUGGGCUAGACCUGAAAGCCGUGGUGCAGCUGCCUCCCGGGGAGAGCAUCAACGACUGGAUCGCAGUGCAUGUGGUGGACUUCUUCAACCGGAUCAACCUCAUCUAUGGGACCAUGUCAGAGUACUGCACGGAGAAGAGCUGCCCAAUCAUGUCGGGUGGGCUCAAGUAUGAGUACAGGUGGCAGGAUGAUAAUAAGUACAAGAAGCCGACCAAGCUGUCGGCCCCACAGUACAUGUGCAUGCUGAUGGACUGGAUUGAAAUGCUCAUUAAUAACGAGGACAUCUUCCCCACCAGGAUAGGUGUUCCCUUCCCCAAGCACUUCCAGCAAGUUUGCACUAAGAUCCUCACCCGCCUCUUCCGUGUCUUUGUCCAUGUCUACAUCCACCACUUUGACAGCAUCAUCAACAUGGGUGCUGAGGCUCAUGUCAACACCUGCUACAAGCACUUUUACUACUUCAUCAGGGAAUUCAGCCUUGUUGACCAUCGGGAGCUGGAGCCUUUGGUAAGGACGUCCCAGGGAUGAGGAGGCCGGGGGCGGGGAUGAGAGCAGCAUGGAUUGAAUACAGCACUGAAAGAAAUGACAGAACGAAUUUGCCACUGAAGUGGUUUCAGCAGGCAAACUCAGCUAGCUCAUUUGGAGUCCAGUGGGAUAAGACACCCUGUGGUGGGAGACCUGUUCCAGAGGACUCACUCUGGUCAUUUAAAUCCAACAAACUGAACACUGCAGAAGAACCUCUUCAGGCCAGGGCUGAAUUCUAAACUUGUUCAACAUCUCUGGACAUUUUUUUUAAUAGAUCCCAUUCUCUAUCAUGUGGCUGCUUGACUUCUGGAGAACAAGACAAGUCUGGCUGACUUUUACACACUCUGGUCUCUAAGACCUUAGCCUGUGUCUGGUGAUACCCUUUCAGCUACCCUUCCUCUUGUUUUGUCCUCAGCUAUAUUGACCCCCAAGCAUUUUGUUAGUAACACCUGCUCACAGGGUACAGUGAUCCUGCUAGCAAAGAUUACCCAUGAGCAGGUGUGAACUUGGCUAUUGAGUAAUGCCUGUUACUAUUCCUACAUGGACUGGUUUUCUCCCCUCCAAGGUCAGCUCUGCAAAGCUGGUGACAUUUGAUCCCAACUGCCUUCAUGAGAUAUUCAUGAGAUGAAUAGCCAAUAUACCAUUUUUAACCAUGAGCUAUGAAUGUCUCCUCUGCCUUGAACAAUUCCUGUUUUAUCAAAGGGACCAUUUCCCCCCACUCCUCCCAGAAACAUUCACACACAACAGGGACUUCAUGAUGUUCCAAACCUAACAUUUCUUGGACUAAUGACUAAUCCCAUGACAAGUGGAGAUGAACUAGGCCACUUUUCAGUGUGAUCAGCCCUGUCUACCUGAGUAUUUUCCAGACUCACAAAUCAUGAUACAAAGUGAGGGAAAAAAACUGUUGUCAAAAAACAAACAACAUUUCCUGACAUGUUGUCAUGGCUCAAAACCAGCAAAUUCUGGCUAUAGAAAUUGUUGUCUUUCCAUUAUCCAACCAUGCAUCAUAGCUGAUUAGGCUGGGAAGGAUUUCAAGAGACAUCUGAUCUACCUUGUUCUUCCAAAAAGGCAAUAUUUGCUCUAUUUAAACCUUGUUGAUUGGGAUUUUUAGCCUGAGAAAGAAACCAUGCCAUCUCUACCCAAUCUGUGUUAUUAUUCCCUUGAAAGCCAUUAGUACCACACCUUAAAAUUUCUCCCCUUCAUUCUUGCAAUGCCUAUUAACUAUUGCUGCAUUCCCUGUGACAUCUUCCUUUUGACAAGAUAUGAAGUCUUUUUAUUACUAUUUUGGGGGAAAGCAAAUUGUCUGAGCCACAAUGUUGUUACAUUUGUGCUUCCUGGCACCUUUUUCUGGAAAGGUUUUGUAGACUGCACACAGCCAAUAUUUAUAACCAGAGGUUUGCCCACUUUUCAGGAAAGGAGGGUUUUGGCUAGAAAAUGUAAAUAUUAUGCCAGCAUUGAAGUGCACAAAUGGAUUUUUAGUGCUCAAAGCACUUAUUUUGUUGUGAAAAUCUAUUUUUUUUAAUCUUGUGUACCAGAUGUAUAUUUUUACAUGGAAAUAAAAAGAAGCAAAAUGGAGACAAAAACCCCAAUACAUCAUUCCAAUAAUUCCUGUGUAAAAUUAUCUGUAAAAGUCCAAAUGUUUUGGUCUGCUACUAAUUAAA